GAUGAACAAUGAUUUCCUAGCACUUUCUCAAUGCCUUCCCACCUUCUCCUGUUGAUAAAACAGAGAACAUCUGUACAUUGGGUUUGCCUCAUGCAGCUUGAGAGUGAGUCUGAUUAAGAUAACCCAGGGACCUAAAUUUCAUUGGGAACGAAGAGAAGACAGUAACAGCCACUGUGGGAAGCUACUGGUGUGCUGUCUGUGCUCCAGAAACAACCAAUGAAUGAUUUAUUUACUAUGUAAAACCUACCUUGCUCUUUGCCCUCCCUGCUCUGUUGUCUGUGCUGGGGGUGUGUGAGUCAGUCAGAUAGCGUGGAUCAAUUCACUGCUGUGGAGAUCAGAGAAACCCACCAGUUGGACACAGUGCCAGGGCCUUCAACAACCCCAACCAGCCCACCUGGGACCCCUGCUCUCCCCAAGGCCACCAUUCCCAUUUAAAUUCAGGCCUGGGGCUGCUUGUGGCUCCUGCCAACCCUGUGUGUUGAGUUGCUGGCCCUGGCUGGAGUGGGAACCAGGACAUGCCAUGAGGAAGGGUGCUGUGCUUGUGCAGGUUUAGCAAUAAAUGGUUGUCAUUUUGUGUGCUGAUGCACGUGCUUUCAUUGUGUGUAGGCUGUAACUGGCUCCUCCCUUUGCAAAGCUUGCUGUGUGCAGCCCUGGCAUUUCCUCCCAAGGAUGGGCAUGGGAAAUGGUGCCUGCAGAGGCAUCUCACAGCCUGUUUCCAGUCCUGGAAAGCUUCUGCAGAUUAGGCAUGGACCCUUUGCCCAGCAUCACACCCCAAAAUGCUUGAGUCACACACAAGCUUGCUUGGAUGACAGAUGUCCUCAAAGACAGGAAGAGGCUCCUGGGCAGGCAGGGUGGCUCACACCUCAGCCUCAGGAGAGAGCCUGUGAGGCUCCAGAAGCUGCUCCACAUUGUCCCACCAGUGCCCCCGCAGCUGCAGCCCAGUGAAGCACCAGGAAAAGCCUGGCAGAUGCAACUUCUCCUCCUGCUCUGUGUGUGUUCCUUGAAGACUGCGGAAUUGCUUCAGAAUUCCUGAAAGAGGCCUUUGGAUGAAGCCUGGCUGAGUAUCCCUCUCAAGUUCCCAUCUCUGCCCCUGGGGCUCAGCCAGGCUGACUCUCUGACACCCUCCAUGCUGGGAGUUAAACUUUAAUACGAAGCAGGGGAGAGGAGCCCAGGGGUGACUCAGCCUCCCAUGUUCUUGCCCUUCCCCUCCCUGCUGGGGAGGGCGGCGUGGCAGGACAGGGAGCGGGACGGGACACAGCAGGGAGCGCCUGCGACCCCGGGAGUGCCCCGGUGAUGGAGCCCUGUGACCCACACGUGAAGAGAGUCGCUGUUGUCGGAGGUGGCCUGGUGGGUGCAUUAAAUGCCUGUUUCUUUGCCAAACGAGGCUUCCAUGUUGAUGUUUAUGAAGCCAGAGAAGACAUUCGGUUUGCCAGCUUUGCCCGUGGCAGAAGCAUCAACUUGGCCCUGUCUCACAGAGGACGCCAAGCCCUCCGAGCUGUGGGGAUGGAGGAGCAGAUUGUGUCCAAGGGCAUUCCCAUGCGGGCAAGGAGGAUACACACACCCUCAGGGAAAAAGUACUCUAUCCCUUACGGGAAGAAGAACCAGUACAUUCUAUCUGUGGACAGAGCAAACUUAAACAAAGAGCUGCUGACAGCUGCUGAGAAGUACUCCAACACCAAGCUGUACUUUGGCCACAAGCUCCUGGAGUGCAACGCAGAGCUGGGGACAUUAUCCAUAAAAAGAUCUGACCAGCAGACCUUGGAGGUCACCUACGACCUCAUUGUGGGAUGUGAUGGAGCCUUCUCGACAGUCAGAAAGCAGUUCAUGAGGCAAACGCGCUUUAACUACAGUCAGCAGUACAUUCCUCACGGCUACAUGGAGCUGACCAUCCCUCCCAGAGAUGGAGAUUUUGCCAUGGAACCAAACUACCUCCACAUCUGGCCGAGAAACACCUUCAUGAUGAUCGCUCUGCCCAACAUGGACAAGUCCUUCACCUGCACGCUCUUCAUGCCCUUUGAGGAAUUCGAGAAGCUCACAACGGGCGAGCAAGUGCUGGGUUUCUUCCAGACCUACUUCCCAGAUGCCAUCCCCCUCAUUGGAGAGCAAGAGCUGAAGCACGACUACUUUGUGCUGCCAGCCCAGGCCAUGGUGUCUGUGAAGUGCUCUUCCUACCACCUGGGGUCCCGGUGCGUGCUGAUGGGAGAUGCCGCCCACGCUGUCGUGCCCUUCUACGGACAGGGCAUGAACGCGGGUUUUGAAGAUUGUCUGGUCUUUGAUGAAUUAAUGGACCAGUUCCACAAUGACCUUGGUGCCUGCCUCCCCGAGUUCUCCAGACUGAGGGUACCAGAUGACCACGCCAUUUCAGAUUUAGCCAUGUACAACUAUGUGGAGAUGCGCGAGCACGUGAAUUCCACGUGGUUCAUUUUCCGGAAGCACGUGGACAACUUCCUCCACGCCCUCAUGCCCUCCACCAUCGUCCCGCUGUACACCAUGGUGACCUUCACCAGGAUUCGCUACCAUGAGGCCCUUCAGCGCUGGAAAUGGCAGACAAAGGUAAUUAAUCGAGGGAUCUUUGUCGUGGGGGCAGCAGGGCUGGGGGGCACCUACCUGCUGGUAAAGCGUCUGGCACGGAACUUGGACCUCUGCGUGGAAACCUUGUGGGGCUGGUCCCAUUACCUGAAGAACAUUGGAAAUCUUCCCUUUGGCACGCAGGUGGCUUGAAUGUGAGGGAGGCUCCUUAUAAUAAAGCAAAGGCAUGGGCUGUUGGCUCUCCAGGGGCU